AUGCGUAGAGAGAACGGGGAGGGCGAAGCCAGCAACCACCAUCCCCCGACCCCGACGACGGGGGAUUUGAGGUUCGACGAAAAAGGAAGCCUGGUGUCGGGAACCCUGGAUGCCCUUGUGGAACACCUCAAACCCAGCCAAGAUUAUUACCCGGAUCACACGUUCGUCUUCGCUUUUCUUCUUUCCUCACGCCUUUUCAUCAAACCUCAUCGGUUACUCGACCGCAUUCUCCAGGUGAGCCUUCAGCCUUCGAACUUUGCGCUGCCGCGACACAUCAAUCCGGACUCCACGUGUGGGAUCCGACUAUUGGGGGAAUGGUCAGAGAUAUUUCCUUAUGACUUCCGCGAUGAGAGGAUGAUGGAACAGGUGAGGAGGCUCACAGAGAUGUGUACAAAGCAAAGGUCCCAUCAAGGUCAUCGGAAGGACAUGUCCUUGAUCCUUCACAAUCUCUUGCAUCGGCUCUCUGCCCUGGAGAAGUACGAGGAGCACUUGCAGGACCUCAAUGCUCGACUUUCCCCUCGAUUGCUCCAUCAACCUACCAAGGAAGACAUAAUAAGCAUAUGCAGUGAUCCCAAGGUGGUUGCUCAGCAGAUGACCAGACUGGAGCUCCAACACCUUUCACACAUUGGCCCAGAGGAGUUUGUGCAGGCAUUUGCCAAGGAAAAUCUUCAUGGGGAGACAGCAUCAUUCAAGGAUGUGAAACAGACUAAGAAUCUCGAGGCAUACAUCCAAUGGUUCAAUCGACUCUCCUAUUUCGUCGCCACUGAGAUACCCCUGCAAGGGAAGAAGAAGAACCGAGUGCGGGUUGUGGAAUUCUGGAUCGAAGUUGCAAGUGAAUGUUUCAACAUUGGCAACUUCAACUCCCUCAUGGCCAUAAUUGCUGGCCUCAACAUGUCUCCCAUCACCCGACUUCGGAAGACGUGGGGGAAGGUGGGAAAUCGUAAGCUGACCAUACUCGAGCAACAGAUGUCUCCACACUCAAACUUCACCAGCUAUCGGAGCACACUUGCAGCAGCACAAUGGAGAAGUCAGUCCACCUCCACAUCCUCGAACUCUGACUCUGACGAUCACCGUCGUCGUAUCAUUGUUCCCUUCUUCUCUCUCCUUGUCAAGGAUGUCUACUUCCUCAAUGAAGGCUGUGCCAACAGGUUGCCAAAUGGUCACAUAAACCUUGAGAAAUUUUGGCAGCUGGCUAAGCAGGUGACAGAGUUCAUGACCUGGCAACAGGUCACAUGCCCCUUCCCUGAAAACCAAAAGGUCCUCGACUACCUCCAACUAAAUCCUAUCUUCUCUGAACACGGUUUGGAGUUGGCUUCUUAUGAAUGUGAAGCUCCAGAGACUUCGUGUGAGAAGGAGCGAGAGAAGACAUUGAGAGCACAGUACGGGAGCGGAAGACGUUACGGUCGGGAUCGCCGUCGGGGCUCUACGUCUUCUCUAUGAAGCAAAAAGCACCAAUUGUUUUCAUGCCAAAGUGCAAUUGUUUGCGACUUGCGACGACAAGCUUCUCUUUCCUCAUUCUAGUCACGUCGACUCUCUCCUGAUAAAUAUAUAUGCUAUAAAUAAAUAAAUAUAUGUAUGUAAUGUACAUUGUAACUCUCUUCUAUUGAUCUGUGACUAUUUUUCUACAUGUGCU